AACUGGGAAUAUUUUGCCUUCUGACUUCGUUCAGAAAAAAGGUUUUUCUUAAACAAAAUCUUAUUACACUUAAUGCAUACAUAUUAUUCCGUAUCAAACAUGAAAAGUACUAGUGGAACUGCUUUAAUUUAUUUUCUCGGUGAAAUUUCAUUGAUUGGGAAAAUAGCAGAGGCUUAUGAAAAUCUUGCUUUACGGAAACAAACAUGGCAGCAGUAUCCUUAUAUGUAUAACGACUGGCCCACGUAUUUAGAUUUACUACUAUAUAAUUAUCCAGCGGAUAAAGCCGUGGAUGGGCUGUUUUCAGACCGGUCUAAUUCUGGUGGACAAUGUACAAUAUCUGGCAAUAAAGAAGGAACUGCAACCUGGCGGGUGGAUCUAGGAAAAGUUCUUAACAUACAUCAUAUUACUAUCUAUUACAGGACGGACAACCUUCCAUGGGGCCCUGACAAUGGAUACACAACCCGAUUCCUAGGAUUUUCGCUUUUUAUAUCAAACACAACCAACAAGGAUGACGGCUAUCUAUGUUUUAAAGACACAAACUACACUAGAGAAACGAUACCGAGUAAUAUUACAAUAGAAUGUAUAAAGCAUGGAAGGUACGUCAUCUACUAUAAUGAGAGACUCCCAGGAGUUACCUACCCUGAAGGAUAUUCUACAUACGCAUACAAUGAACUCUGUGAAGUCAAGGUUUAUGGAUGUCCUUCCUUUGUUGUAUACGGAGAGAAUUGUACAUUUCCGUGUUCGCAGACUUGUCUUGAAGGACGCUGUAACAUUGUGGAUGGGACUUGUUUUGGAUGUAUUGCUGGACAGAAAGGUUCACGAUGUGAACAAUUUUGUGACGGUGGUAAAUUCGGAAAAAACUGUGCUCAGUCAUGCGGGUUCUGCUUCGGAAAUGAACCAUGUCAUCAUAUCAACGGGUCAUGCUUGAAUGGCUGCGAAAGAGGUUACCAUGGAAACAAUUGUACACAAGUAUGUUCUGAAGGGUGGUAUGGAUACAACUGCCUUGAUAUGUGUGACUUCAAUUGUGGAGAGCCGAAAAGAUGUGACAGGAAAACAGGACAAUGUCAAAAUGGGUGUCAGGCAGGGUGGAAGGAUAUAAAAUGUGACAAAAAAUGCAACGGAGGUACAUUCGGACUAAACUGCAAUCAGUCAUGCGGGUCUUGUCUUGAUAAAGAACAAUGUCAUCACAUAAACGGGUCGUGCUUGAAUGGAUGCGAUAAAGGUUACCAUGGAGACACUUGUACGCAAGAAUGCCCAGAUGGAGGCUUUGGUUACAAUUGUGAGGGAAAUUGUAGCAGUUGUCCAUUUACUGAAACAUGUGACGCAAUAUCCGGACAAUGCAAUGUCAUAAUGAAAUCACCCGAGUUUAUUACAAGGAAACAAUCCAAAGCCUUUCUGUUUGGAGUGAUAACGUCUCUUUCCAUAAGUGUUUGCUUAAACCUCGCUUUAAUACUCUGGAAUUGUACUAGAAAUGGGUGCAAAAGAAAGAAGAACCAAGAUAAAAUUACAAUACAAUUGUCAACGAACCCUACAACACCUGAUCCAAAGGUCAUUGAUGAUGCUGGAGAUAGUGAAGUUUACGAAGAUCUAGAUCAACAUUCCAUUUAUGACGAUGCACUUUAGUGUGAAUUGAUAGUAUAUGAGUUAGUACCUAAAUAUACAUGAAAUUUUAUGCGCAUUUGUAUCACCGAUCAACUAGUUCCUAUUAUUUAAAGGUUUGGAUCUUAGUUUGACUCGUGUGUUCCAAGAUACAAAACUAGAAUAUUUAAAGAUUCUUUUUUUCAAUAUCUGGGUUCAGUAUUAUGGAACAAUUUACCUUUUAAAUAUAACUAAAGGAUGUAUCCAAUAAUCAAACAUGUAAAUUCAAGACAAGAAAAUUUAUAGUAAAACAACAAUAUUGUA